GAUGAGCUUGCUGGCAGCGCCCACUACUCCAGAGCCAGCCGGUAUUUAUCCGCCUCCAGAACGCAGAUCCGAGAACCAGCCAAUGGGGACGGAGCACCGCGGAGGUUUUCCGCUUUCUCCGAAGUUCUUGACAGAUCCGACUUUAGAUUGAGAGAAUUCAAAAUGGCUGCUACAGGUUCUAAAUAAAGGGCUCAUGUGGACCCCGAAGUGCAUGAAGCUCUCCUGAGGACUCAGUGUCUUGUUGCUGUGCCCCCCUCCCCCCUUCCCCCAGCUCCUCCUGCCAUCAUGUCCUCCACCUCUUCCUCGUACUCCUCCUCAGGGGAGACCAGUCCAGAGGAUGUACCCCGAGGUGGGGGUACAAUUCGUGUCUACCUCCCCAACAAACAGAGGACAGUGGUUAAUGUCCGCCAGGGACAGACUGUGUACGAGAGUCUAAAUAAAGCCCUCAAAGUGAGAGGCUUAAGCCAAGACUGCUGUGCUGUGUUUCGCCUCCUGGAGGGUCGUAAGAGACUGACAGACUGGGACACAGACAUCACUCCUCUGGUUGGAGAGGAGCUUUUAGUCGAGGUCCUAGAUGAUAUUCCUCUCACAAUGCACAACUAUGUACGGAAAACGUUUUUCAAGCUGGCUUACUGUGAUUUCUGCCACAAGUUUCUUUUUAAUGGCUUCAGAUGUCAGACUUGUGGCUACAAAUUCCACCAGCACUGCAGCAGCAAGGUUCCCACAGUGUGUGUUGACAUGGACACAGUGAGCAAAAGGUGUGAUCACAGUUCGGCCGAUGACUUUCCUCAGAUACUAGUGCCAGACCACUCCCCCUCACAGAGCAACCUCGCCUUAACCCCGGAGCCUGCCGGAAUGAACCUCCUGUCCCCGCCCUCUACCUUCCACUUUCCCAUAUCAGGUGGAGACGGCCAGUCCCUGCAGAGGCAUCGCUCCACCUCCACUCCCAACGUGCACAUGGUCAGCACAGUGGACGCCGCAAGUGUCAGCAUCAUUGAGGAAGCACUGAAAUUCGCUACUAUAGGUCCUGAGCCCUCACCGAAACCCUCCACCAGCCCACCUUCCACCCUCGGCUCCCCUGGGAGGAAGCCACCGAAGUCUCCCUCUGAGCACAAGGAGCGCAAACAGAGCUCAUCUGAUGAAAAAAAAAAAGUGCACCGAGGAGGCUAUAGGGACUCGAGUUACUACUGGGAGGUCCACUCGAAAGAAGUCAACAUCCAGAAGAGAAUAGGUACCGGCUCCUUUGGAACAGUCUUUAAGGGCAAGUGGCAUGGAGACGUGGCAAUCAAGAUCCUUAAAGUUAAAGAGCCGACACCUGAGCAGUUACAGGCUUUCAAAAAUGAAAUGCAGGUUUUACGAAAAACCCGCCACGUCAACAUCCUGCUGUUCAUGGGCUACAUGACUAAGCCCAACUUUGCCAUUAUCACACAGUGGUGUGAAGGCAGCAGCUUGUACCGCCAUCUGCAUGUGACGGAAACCAAGUUUGACACUAUGCGUCGCAUUGACGUGGCCAGACAGACGGCCCAGGGCAUGGAUUAUCUUCACGCAAAGAACAUCAUUCAUCGAGAUCUGAAGUCAAACAAUAUUUUCCUCCACGAGGGCUGGACGGUGAAGAUCGGCGAUUUCGGCUUGGCCACGGUGAAGUCUCGGUGGAGCGGCUCCCAGCAGGUGGAGCAGCCCAGCGGAUCCAUUCUGUGGAUGGCCCCAGAGGUGAUCCGGAUGCAGGACAGCAACCCGUACACCUUCCAGUCGGACGUGUACGGCUACGGCGUGGUGCUGUUCGAGCUCAUGUCAGGAACCCUGCCCUACUCCAAUAUCAACAACAGAGACCAGAUAAUCUUCAUGGUCGGCCGCGGUUACUUGUCUCCGGAUCUCACUAAACUGUCCAGUACCUCACCCAAGUCCAUGAAAAGGCUCAUCGUCGACUGUCUGAAGUUCAAGCGUGAUGAGAGGCCCCUGUUCCCACAGAUCCUGGUGGCCAUCGAGCAGGUGCAGGACCUGCUGCCAAAAAUCGAGCGGAGCCGCUCGGAGCCGUCGCUCCAUCGGGCCGUCCACGCCGAGGACCUGAACCCGCUCCUGUUUCACACCACCAGGCUGAUGCCCCUGUAAGCCCCCAGCUGGGGUGGGGGGGGUGGGGGCUGUCACCAAAACCACUGCAUUCCUGUGCCUGAGAGGCCACAGCUGGCUGUAACCACAGACCCCCACCCCCGGCCUCCUCUCCAUCCACCCAGAGAUUCAGGACUCGGACAGAGUCGGAUCAGCGGUAACCUGCUUAAUCUGAUCAUCGCCCCUCUUUUCCUUCAAACUAAGACCUGGCGGGGGGUUGUGGUCAGAUACAUACCGUACCGGUCAGCUGAGCUAGUCCAGGUUGACUUAUGUUGCUUUGUUUAUUGGUUGUUUUUUGUUUUGUUUUUCUACACACUGGUUGUCUGGAAGGUUCCACGGUUAUUUAGAGGAAAAUAGGAAUUUUUUUUUUCCUCUCAUUUCUGACAAUUGUGUUGGCCGUUCUCAGCUGGAAACGGUCAGAAAGCUGAGGAGCACGGUGGCUGAGGAGCACGGUGGCCGACGCGCCAGAACUCUAAACGAUCCGAAACAGCCAGAAAGCCGCCGGCCCGAGUCUCGCCAUCAGCUCUCUGACUUUUUCCACACGACGCAGCGUCACUGAGACCGUGUUUAGAAACAAGUCUUAAUAGGAACCCCCAGUCUUGUAGAGUUUUUACUAUUUUUUGGAAACAUUUCCACGUCCCAGGACUCUAACUAGAUCAGACGUAUAGAUGUGAGAUGACGCUCAGGCUUUCAGAGACACAGAGCUGUGCCGAGAGGCGGAGGACAAAGGAAAAAUAGAGAUUUACCUUUUAUUAAACACUUGCAAAAAAAAAAAAAAGGAAUGUUUUUCUUUUUUUUAUUCCUCAGAAGUGAGAAAUGCUUCUCUUAAAGGGGUCAGUUUCCCUAUGGGAGUUCUCAGUUCUGAAAACUGGUCUGUGGGUUCACAUCCAAAUGCAAACGCAGACAUUUAGACCUCUUUGUCCUCUGCUUGGUCAUAAACUUACCGAUUAGGACGCCUCCAGUUGUUGUGACCACUUUUUUCGUAAGUCCCCAAUAAGUUUAUAUCAGUAGAGCUGGGGGCGUCUUUGAUCAACUAAAAGCCACAGAAUGGUUUCAAAGACAAAAACGAUGGAUGUGACGUCCUUGUUUUUGCUUCAGGCUGCUAUAACUCAAGUUUAGCAGCGUCUGGCCUCAUCAUCAAGCCCUGGAGGGGCUAGUUGCCGGUGUUCUUUUCCAUUCUGGGCUGGAGAGAUUGGUUUUAAGUGACUAAAAAUGCGUGGCUAGGUUCGGACACCAGCAGGUGCUGGGCCGCGCUGGAAUCGGAUUGGUCCUCACAGCUGGUGGCCACCCAGAGCCUAUCAGAAAAAGGCCACGCCCCUCUCUACUGGAUUCCCCCCGUGCCUUAUUCCCGCGGGCUCAGUCCGCCUUCCUGUCCGUUAGGGACAGGUGGAGCGUGAGCCCGAUUCAAACGGUAAACUCCACGAUGCCGGUGGCCGCCGGAGGGUUUCUGCCGCCUCCGGCUACACGCCGGCUGGCCAGAAAAGAGCGAACGGUCCAAGUCCAGCCCUCGGACGUCCUGAACGAAUAGCCAGAAAUGUACGGGAGCGUUGGCGUCUCCUUCACAGCCUCUGCCGGCCGGAGCAGCCUGUCCCCUGAAGGCCGGAGUCUCCGUCUGUGUCCCGUUUCCCCCCGCGUCCUUCGGUGACGUUUUUCGGCCUGGCGUCUUCCUUCCUGCUCAAACGAGCGCGUUUGUAGAAAGAGUGUGCGCGUGUCCCUGCGCGAGGCCAGCCGGGCCUCCUCUCCACCGCCUGGGGAAGGUCCGAGGCUCCGGGUCUUUUCCUCACUCCCCUUUAAUGGCGGCUUAUUGUCCUGUAGGUGGCGUUAGCAUGACGACAAGGACGCUAACACGAGUCUUAGUGGUGUUUUUAGUACAACACUGAAGUGUAACGGGGCUGGGUACCCUAACUCUUCUUACUCAUUCCAGUUCUAGUGGUGAAUAAAUAGUGGCUCACGGGGUGGGGGGGGG